UUCUUCGUUUCACCUGAUUUAUUCUCUACGUCGACAUUUGCGUGAUCGUAUCGAUUCGGGGUGGUUCGUGCAUGUGAAUCGGCUGCGGCUGUAAUCUCGAAGAGUCAUCAACUACCGUCAGGGACCAUGAGGCCCGCGAAAAGCUGGGCCACCCUGGCUACGGCCGUUCUUGCUACGGCCCUGCUAUUGCAGUCCAUCGCAGCUGACGCACCAAUUUCGGGCAGCUACUUACCACCAUCAACCAGUUAUGGAACACCAAACAUAGGAGGCGGAAGCUUCGGUGGCCCAUCAUCUUCUUACGGCGCACCUAACGGUGGUGGCGGUGGUGGCGGUGGCGGUGGCGGUCGCCCGUCUUCCAACUACGGUGCCCCGUCCAGCAAUUACGGAGCACCACCAUCGAGCAACUACGGAGCACCAUCCAGCAACUACGGUGCACCGUCCAGUAACUACGGAGCACCAUCGUCCGGUGGUGGCGGCGGCGGUUUCGGUAACGGACUCUCGUCGAGCUACGGUGCACCAUCGCGAGGAGGUGGCGGAUCACUGUCAUCCUCUUACGGUGCACCUAGCAACGGCGGAGGAAUUUCUAGCAGUUAUGGUGCGCCUACUGGAGGCGGUGGCGGAUUCUCCAGACCGUCUUCCUCUUAUGGUGCACCUAGCACCGGUGGUGGUUACUCUGGAGGCGGAGGUGGCUACUCCGGAGGUGGAGGUGGCUACUCUGGAGGCGGUGGCUACUCUGGAGGAGGCGGAGGUGGCUACUCUGGAGGCGGCGGCUACUCUGGAGGAGGCGGAGGUGGUUACUCUGGAGGUGGCGGAGGUGGUUACUCUGGAGGCGGAGGCGGUGGCUACUCUGGAGGAGGCGGAGGUGGCUACUCUGGAGGCGGCGGCUACUCUGGAGGAGGCGGAGGUGGUUACUCUGGAGGUGGCGGAGGUGGUUACUCUGGAGGCGGAGGUGGCUACUCCGGAGGUGGAGGUGGCUACUCUGGAGGCGGCGGCGGCGGUCAAAGCUACGCCAGCAACGGAGGUUACCAAUAUUAAUCGCAACGUAUCUUCACCCCGCGCGACGACCUUCGACCCUGUUUCAUCAGUCAUCGAGCAUCAUCGAACGAAUCGGAACCUCAACGCGUCCCCCGUGUUACAAAACGUCAUUCGAUCAAAUGGAACCGCUGACAGAGAAAGGAAUGAGAAAUCGGUAGUCAUCCUCCCGUCGCUCCCAAAGCAUGACCGCCAUCUUGAAGCGCUUCCUGCUGGCGGGUAGAAAGGAGGAAUCGAGGUUAACCUUGUUUCUAUUCGCCGUUAGGAACAUCCUCGAAAGAAUCGCAUGGACUAACGGAGAGAAGAGGCGGGAGUUCAUUCCUCAU